AUGGCUCCUCGAUACCAAAGCAUCGCUGUUAUCGGUGCAGGUCCAUCUGGCAUUUCCGCCGUGAAGGCCCUGAAAGACGAAAACAUCUUCCAGACCAUUCGCCUCUUUGAGCGACGUGAUAAGGUGGGCGGGAUAUGGCAUCUUGAUGAGAAACCCGAUCAAUUUCCGUCCCAAGUUCCUUCAAACCAGCAGAAGGAGACGAUCCCGGCUCGCCUUCCAUCUCUGGAGCCACCUGCCCCCGAAGACUUGACAGCGCGCACUGCCAUUUACGAAGGUCUCGACAGCAAUGUGGGCGCCAAAGCCAUGUCAUUCACUCAUACUCCUUUCCCAGAAAGAAACUCAGCCUCAUCAGCUAGAAACUUUGGCCGAUUGAAUCCUACUCGGCCCUUCCGCGUUGUCAGGAAAUAUUUGGAAGAUUUAUUUCAGGACUACCUUCACUUGGCUUCUCUCAACACCACGGUUGAAAAGGUGGAAAAGCUAGACCAAAAGUGGCACCUGACACUUCGUCAAACUGGGCAUUCAGAUGGAGGUAGCCCGAGAGAUUACUGGUGGCAGGAACAGUUCGACGCAGUGGUCGUUGCUUCCGGUCAUUAUAGUGUGCCGUUUGUCCCUCUGGUCCCCGGGCUAGGAGCGGCCGCUCAACGCUACCCGACCGUGUUUGAACAUUCCAAGGAAUUCCGAAAGGCGGACGACUAUGUCGACAAACGCGUCGUUGUCGUUGGUGGUAGCGUCUCGUCCGCAGAUCUUGUCGCCGACUUGCAUGCAAUUGUCCGAGGGUCUCUUGAGCUCUCACAGCGAGGCAAAAACGAAGCCCUUCAAUCCGCUUGGAAUCUACCGAAUGUCAAAGCAAGACCAACUAUCAAAGAAUUUCAAGCUACCGAAGAGGGCAUCAAUGUCAUUUUCUCUGACAAUUCUGUUGUGGAGAAAGUGGACAAAGUCAUAUUCGCGACCGGGUACAAGCUCUCCUACCCCUUCAUUGUUCCCAACCCAGUGACGGCCAACAAUCGGAUUUCCGGAUUUUACCAACACAUCUUCAAGAUUGGAGACCCAUCUUUGGCCCUUGUCGGUCAAGUACGCGCUGGAAUCAGCUUCCGCGUGUAUGAAUACCAGGCCGUGGCGGUGGCGCGAUACUUCGCCGGAAGAAACGCUGUUCCUUUGCCAACCCCACAAGAGCAAGAUCUUUGGGAGGUGAAGAGGCUUCAAUACAAGGGUCCUACCGCCUUGUUUCAUGAGAUCAAGCCUGAUUUCUCAGAGUACUUUGCUUUCCUGACUGAAUUGGCCGGUCCACCUGCAUCCGGAACAGAUGGCUAUGAACUUCCCCCUUGGGAAGAUCGCUGGGCAGAGCAGGCGUUUGAAAUUCUUCAAAGUAAAGAUAGAUACUGGAAGUCUCUGCGCAGAGCGGCUGACGAUGAACGCCCACUUGCGGCCAAAUUGUGA